AUGGGUGGAUCAGUGAAAGUUGUUCAAUUCAAAGAGCUUGAUAGCGUGGUCCGUCCCUUGAGGUGUGAGGCUUCGAAGCACAUGGACGAGGUUGAAGCUGAAGAACAGCCUAAGCCUUAUUCGGUUUCUGAUGUGCCGUACUCCUCUGCCUUCGUGAAGGAUGGAAAGGUCGUUGAUACAUCACCUAGUUUGGCCACUAAAGUUGCUAGGGUUGUUGGGUCGGUUAAGGUUGGAGAACCUGUUGCUCCUGCCAGCCUUGUCACAGUUCAAGAGUUAGCGAAAGAAGCUGAAUCUUCUGAGGGGCAAAUUCAAGCUCAAAAUGGCCUUGAUGAUGCCUUGAAAAGGCGACUGCAGAAGCUGAUUGACUCUAAUCGAGUCAUGCUUUUCAUGAAAGGAACCCCUGAGGAGCCCAAAUGUAGAUUUAGCAAGAUGGCAGUUCAAAUUUUAAAGAAACAUAAGGUCGAAUUUGGAAGUUUCGAUCUUCUUACGGAUAAUGAAGUCAUGGAAGGGAUACAGAAGUAUUCUAACUGGUCUCUAUUACCACAGAUUUACUUCCAAGGGAGGGCUCGUGGUUUCCGUCACAUAGGAACUUUAAUGAAAGGUUGCCCAAGUGAAAGCACAAGAAAAGAUAUUUUUUAUUAG